AUGAAUGAUACUCUAUGUUCAAACCUUGAUUUUUUGAGGAAGUGUUUACCCGAUGAAAUAGGUACCCCCGCAACAGAUAAACUUACUACUAUUAAAAAUUACAAAAAUUACUGCCCUAGUGGAGACUGUAAUACUGAACUCGAUCAAAUUACGAUUGGGUUUUUAUGGUUACUUGAGAAAUAUUUUACUGAAUACUCAAAUAAAGGCAAAAUUGAAAAAGACACUAAACCAUUUUUUCUAUAUAUUAUUUCAUGGUUAAGUUACAAAUUAAAUCAAAACACAGAGGAAAAAUUCACCACAAUAAACGAUUUUUAUACUAAACAUGUAAAUGAUAGUAACAAAUAUAAUAAAUUUAAAGAAGAUUCCAAUAAAUUUACAGGUUUUAAUGAAUUCAUAAAUGGACAAAAAGAUUUGUUUAAUAUUAAUAUUGAAGAUCUGUCUAAAUUUUAUGAUGCAUCCAAAUUAAUAUGUAGUAUGUAUGGUAAUGUUGCACAGAAUCAGACAGAUAACAUACUGUCAAAUAAUGUGAAUGAUUUUGCUAACCAAUAUACAGAGCUAAACAAUAAAUAUAAUGAUGAAGGUUCCCCGCAUAGUAAAAUAUUGUCUGCUUUAACAACUGAUUAUAAUAAUAUAAAAGAGAAACGUAAAGAUUAUCAAACGCUUCCAGAGAUAACAGAAUUUUCUGCACUAGCAUCUAAAUCUGGAGUUACAUCAUCAAGUUCGUCGAUAGGAAACAAAUUAUUUACAGUUUUAUCGAUAUUUGGUGCAAUAGCAUUUUUUUUAGGAAUUUCUUAUAAGUAUUCGUUAUUUGGAUUUCGGAAACGAGCUCAAAAACAAUAUUUAAGAGAAAAAAUAAAAAAUAUAAAGAAGAGAAUGAAUAAUUAA